CGCCCCUCCGCUGCCUGCACGUCGUGCAGAAAGCAGCAGCGACGGCCGUUGGGGGAAGAGAGUAAAUAGAAGCCUCAAGAUGGCUGACUCGCUGGGCUCCGCUCGCCUCGCCGGAGCCGCGGUAGCCCCCGCGGAAGCUGCCGCCAAGAGCCCGCUCGUCAAGCCGACCGAGGCGAAGGGAGCCCCCGACAACAACCGCUCUCAGCCUUCGCGGGAUUUCCACCCGCCGCCGCCCAAGAAGGUCCGAGUCGAGGAGCGGAGCGCGAAACCCAGGAAACUCAGCAGGGACGGGGGAGUGGGAGGCAACGGCAGCGGCAGAGAGAAACUCCCGCAGCCCGCCAAGCAGCAGAGUUACGGCGGCAGCUCGUGGAGCUUCAGCCCGGCGAAGGCGAGCGGCGGCAGCCCCCCGGGGGUGGCCGCCGCCGCCGCCGCCGCCGGAGCCCAAACACCGACAAACACGCACAAAGUCUUCAAACAGAGCGACUUCUUCCUGCACAAGCCGCCGCCGUCCUCCAGACCCAAGAAGCCGAGCAGAGACAGGCAGCGGGAGAACGAGAGGGAGAAGGUCCCGAAGGGAGGCGGAGGAGAGGAGGAGGAAGAAGAGGAGGAGGAGGAGGAGGAGGAGAAGAAACACAAAGUGACGCUGACCUCCGCGCCCGGGAGCAACGUCCCACACAACAACAACAACAACAACAACAACAGCAGCGACACAGUGAAUCACAUUUCUGCGGCGAAGAGAGAAAAUGGAGAUGCCCCGUCGCCACCCAAAGAGCACUCCGCCAAGGACAAGGCAAAGGAGAGAGACCGAGAGGAGAGAGAGAAGAAGAAAGUCAAAGACCGAGAGCGGGAGAAGAAGAAGCACAAAGUGAUGAACGAGAUCAAGAGGGAGAACGGAGAAGUCAAGCAGCCAAUUAAAGAUGAAAAAGAGCAAGCCAAGAUCAACGCAGAGGAGCUGCAAAUAAAAAAAGUGAAGAAGAAAAAGAAGAAGAAACACAAAGAGGGGGAGAAGCACAAACGAGUUAAGAUGUACCACCGCUCCAGCCAAACCAUUUGUGCCGGCCUGCUCCUCCCGCCUCCAUCCUCCUCUUCCUCAGCCCCAGAUCACACACACAACUCCUCCCUGUCUCCGUUCAAGACGCCGCUACCGGUUUACUCCUCGCCCAACAACAAAACUUUACAUAUGCCCUCCUCUCCUCCCCUCGCCUCAAAAGCCCUCUUCAACUCCUCUCUUCACAAUACUCCCAACUCUCCGUCGUCCUCCAUCAAGACGCCGCUCCCUUCCCUGACCAAACCACCACGACAGUGCACCUAUCCCGGCGUGGCCGGUCUAAAGUUCGCCCCGUACAUCCACAUAGAGAACCAGCCCAACGGAGGGGCGCUGGUGGCCCACGCCUACACUUCACAGCUCUCCUCUCUUUCAAUGGGCGAGAGGCAGAGGUUUGCCCAAGAGUUUGUCACCUUGGCGUUCAGCGAGGACUCGUCCCAGGCAGCUCAUUAUGUCAUGGGAAUUGUCCACGGGGACGCCAGCUACCUGCCCGAUUUCUUGGAUUACUUCUCCACCAAGUUCCCAUCGGCUCCAGUCAAAAUGGAGAUACUGGCAAAGAAGGACAUAGAAACUACAACUAUGGCUAAUUUCUACACUCAGGUGAAGAAGACGUACAGUCACGGUACAUACAGAGCCGGCGCAAUGAGACAGAUCAGCCUGGUGGGAGCCGUGGACGAGGAGGUCGGCAAUUAUUUCCCAGAAUUCCUCAGCAUGCUGGAGCAGUCGCCCUUCCUGAAGAGGACUCUUCCGUGGGGGACGUUCUCCAGUCUGAGGCCGAUGAGUCCCGAAGAGAGCGACGACGGCCCCAUCAUGUGGGUCAGACCGGGCGAACAGAUGAUACCCGUUGCUGAUAUACCAAAGUCUCCUUUUAAAAGAAAACGCUCCACCAACGAGGUGAAGAACCUGCUGCAGUCGCUGCCAAGGACCAGCGAGCCCAGAGAGAUGCUGUUUGAGGAUCGGACUCGGGCGCACGCCGAUCACAUCGGCCAGGGCUUCGAACGUCAGACCACAGCUGCCGUCGGGGUGCUGAAGGCCGUGUGCUCCGGAGAAGGCUCGGAGCCUCCACGUGUAACCAAAGACGUCGUGUGUUUCCAUGCUGCUGAUUUCCCCUAUGUGGUCCAGAGGCUGCAGUUGGACCUAUACGAACCCCCGCUGUCUCAGUGUGUGCAGUGGGUGGAUGAUGCCAAGCUAAACCAGCUGCGUCGCGAGGGAAUCCGUUACGCUCGCAUCCGCCUGUGCCACGACGACAUCUACUUCAUCCCCCGCAACGUGGUCCACCAGUUCAAGACCGUGUCUGCCGUCUGCAGCCUGGCGUGGCACGUCCGCUUAAAGCAGUACCACCAAGGAGAGGGAGAGGAGGAGGAGGAGGAGGAGGAAGAAGAAGAAGACGACGACGACGACGACGAAGAAGACAAAGAGGGGAAGGAAGAGCAGGAGGAGAAGCCUGUUGAGUUAAGGAUGGAGGACAUGGAAGUGGCGGAGUUGGGGCAAAAUGAGGUGGCGAGGAGAGAAAAGGGUGGUAAAGGAGUGAAGGAGAGGAUAAAAGAAGAGGCCGAGGAGGCCGACGCGGUGGAACACGGGACGUUGUCGGCUGUCAAAAAGGAGGAACCGAAUCAUCAUCAUCCUUCUCUCUCCUCUCCUCCUCCUCCUCCUCUGCAUCCACCUCUGUUGCCUCCGCCCUUUGGCUCAGUGGACAUGAAUGCGGGCGGUGCUCGAGGCAAAAAGGAGGAGAGAGAGAGGGUUAAGGAAGGGGGGAAACACAAACAGCAGGAUUCACCUCCUGCUAAGGCAAAGACAGAAUCUCCAGCUCCUCCUCUCUGCAAAAACAAAUCACGGCCGGUCUCUCUUCAUCCUCCUCAUCAGGACUCAAAACCCAAAGUAUCAUCGAACCCCCAUCAGCAUCACCAUCACCAUCACCGCAAUCGCCAUCACUCGGACAGCAGAAUGACGUCUUCCACUUCUCAUUCAGACUCCAAAUCACAUUUUUCUCUGUCUUUUUCUAAGUCUUCCUCCUCAGCUGGAUCCACUGAUCCACUGCGCUCGUCCUUCGCUUCUCCAAGUCCGUCUACUUCUUUUCCGGUUCUGUCCACAUCCUCCUCUGCGUCAACUUCAGCUACAUCUUCCCUCUCAGUUCCCAAGCCCACAGCGGACUUACAUCUCUCCACGGUCCCUUCCUUCGCCGGCUCUUCGUCCUCCCAGCUGCCUCCCUCUACUCGGUCAGACCAACCAACGAAGAGAAACUCGUUUCAUCUGAGACCAGACGUUCAGUCGGGCACACGGACACAGUCGCGGUCGGAGGUUCGAGCACCUGCUGCGGAUGUACAGUCACGCACCUUCCAAUCCGACGCAAGGACUCGCACGGGAGCUGACACGCGAGAACAAACGCCGGCAGACACGCGGACUCAAACGCUCCCGGAGAAAUGGAUUCACGGUUCGGACUCGGACUCCAGGACGUCGGCGGAUCCGCACUCGCGUGCGCCCCAGGACGCGGCGAGACACGGGGUUUACAUGCAGCAAUACACACCCCAGCAUCUCCCACCUCCUCACCUCCCUCACAUGCUCCCCCCUUCCUUCUCCCCUCUCCUGCCACACUCCCACCUUCCUCACAGAUCCCAGAUCCUCCCCCCAAAUCCACUGUCCACUCCCUCCCUCCCCCCGCAGCAGCAGCAGGCUCUUAACCCCUACCUUAGUCAGAAACAAACACCGCAUCCGGCUCACAUGGGCGCCCUCCACCCGCAUCCGCCGCACCGACCGAACAUCCCUACCCAGUCCCAGCCGUACUACCAGCACCCCCUCAUCGCCUCCGCGUCACAACCGAACGCUCCGCUCGCCGGCUCCCAGUCUCUUCCUCCUCACCUUCCUCACCAUCACCAGUUCGCCAAAACCUACUUCCCUCCGCAGCACCCCCACUUCUCCUCGCACCCCUUCCUCCCCCAUCAGUCUUUCGUCUCUCAGCCGCCCGGCUCUUACCCGCCACGACCGCAAUACCAAACCUCGGCACCAGGGCAGGUUCCGCUCCCUCCGUCACAGUCCUUUACGCAUCCCCCCCCUCCUCCUCCUCCUCCGCCUCCGCCUCCGCCUCCUCCUUCCUCCUCGCAGUCUCUGCCUCCCCUUCCUCCACCUCCUCUACCUCCUCUCCCCCCACAGCCCUCCCCCUCUGUCUUCUCCGCUCCUCCACAGCAUGAAGAGGAGCGGAGGCAGGUUUUAUAGUAGUUUUUGUACAUAAUGACGCUGUUUUUAAAACGACUGUACACGUACAAGGUUUUUAUUUUGCCCGUGUUGUUGUAAGACGAUGUAAAAAGGCAGUGACGGGACAGUGGAGUGUCUCGGGUUGGACAAAGUAUCGUGGUUUAUAAAGCGGAGUUGGGCUUCGUUGACCCCGAACCUCUCGACUGGACCGAUUCAGACUGUGCCGAUGUUCCUAUUCAAAAAUAUUAAACGGUUGCUGUGUGUACCGGUAGUUUGGGCCUUUUAGUAAAUUAUGAGAAAGUGGACACUGAAGAAGAGAUGUUCCAGGGUCAAGUCUGCCACACUGCUGUCCGGUUUGUUUGUUUUUUGAAGUGAUCAUUGGGCCUUUUGAAUAUCAGAACAUCUGUGAGCCGUCAGUGGAAGGAAAGGGGUCACUUUUUGUCAGAUAUAUAUAUAUAAAAAGGUCACAACGACAACCUUUUUGUGAAACUUGCAGCUAAUGCUUCCAUUUUGUUUCUUUUUCCCCCCCGAAGUAUAUUCUUUGUGCCCAAGACUGUUUCUGGAAUAACGAUGGGUCAAACUGAUAUUAUUCGAUACGCUAAUGUGUCGAUGUGAAAUCACUGCAUUUCUUUGAGGAAUCCUAAUCGAUGCAGUAUACUGUAGUAAUUUUCCCUGAAUACUGUAUUUUGAGCAAUAAUCUGCUGAACAUGAAACAGAAAUUCCCAGUUAUUGAUAAGGUGACAAGGAUCAGUAUUUUUUAUCUGAAUGUCAAAGCCAUUGGGCCAACCUCCAUGAGGAGUGGUUCAAUGUGAUUUCUAAGUAUCUUGAAAUGAUUCAUUCUAAUCUAAUGGCAUUGUUUUAUUGCCCAAGAUAAAACAUAAAAGCCCUCUACAGUAACCCUGUAGUUGAGAACCCCACAGAAAGAGUCUCAGUUUGAGUUUAUUCCGUGGCUGAGCUCCAGCCUUGCUGUGUUUUCCGGCGUCUGUCGGACGCGUUGGCCGCGGGCUCCUAAUUUUGGAAACUUGAGCGCCUAGUUGCUGGUCAGCCAAGCAAGAAUUGGAUCCAGCCCGAGGUUGUUACACAGCCGGGCCUUCAGAGUCUCAGGAAAAAAAAGCAAUUCGGGCACUUCCAUGAAUACACUGGUCUCCUGAGGAAAAACAGACUAGUCAUUUAAUGCAGGAUCUAUUGAUUUUUAGCUAAUCGUUCAGGGUCAUUUAAAAUAUUAUUCAGUCUGUGACGUUAUAAUAGGACCUAUGCAGCCGCACCAAGAGCUGGCCAUGAGGCCGCGGAACAAUAUCACACCGAUUCAGUACGUUAACACUUUUCCAAACGUGACUCAUUACAGCACUUUUGAAAUGAUCAACAGGGCAAUUUCAGGUUCUUCCGAGUUUAUCGUUUUAUUACGUUCAGGCCUCGGCAGUUCUGCGAUACCUUAUUUUUUAUUUUUGUAAUCAUUUAUGGACACGCGCUCUAAGACACUUUGAAAAACAGACGGUACACUGUCGAGAGAGUUUAUUCUCAUCGCUUUAUUUAUCUUUUUAGCCGAAGUCCAGUUUCUCUGCGGUGUGGAGCAUCCUGUCUAUAAAAAUGUUUUAUUUAUCAACCAGGGACUGAAGUAACCCCGUGUUUUUUUAAAGUCCAAUAAAUUAUUGAAAAUCUGUUUAAGCAGCCGCUGCGAAGAGUGUAUGUUCCUCCAAGUGUCUGAUUUACUCUAAUCAAACUGUGUCAGUGAGAGGAAAUAGAUUUGUCGUUGUUUAGUUUUGUUUUUGUCAUCGACGUCUUGAUUCGACUCAAUCGAUCAUGGAGCGCGGCCCAAUUGCUAAUGUAGCCCACAGCAUUUCCCCAGUGCCUGUCCUUAACUGUGAACUACUCAAUGGUCCAGAGCCACGUAGAGAAGGAGUUCAGUACGUUUCAAGGGAGUUUUUAUGAGUCCCAAGUUUUAAGAUUUUCACUGGGAAACAAAAAUUGAAGCCUUUAAUUGCUCUCUCAAGCCGCGGAACACUCUCCAAAUAUCUGCGGCCUAAAUUGGGACGACUCGGUGGAAUGAUAUCCCGAAAGCCGGGUUGUAUUUUUAAUGAUCAGUCCCGCCGCAAACCAGUUCUCAGCUCUCCUGGUCAGCGUUCAUUUCUGAGAGAACUCUUGGCCGUGUGGCUCUGGGGAGAGCGAUGCGAUAAUGAAGCACUGGAUGCCAUGACGGGAUCAUAUGUUUUUUGUACAAAUGCGACAAAAAUUAAGGUUGAAAACAACAAGAAAAAAACAAGUCUCCAGAUUGUUUUCACAGAAUUUAUUUAUCUCAAGUUUUGUUUUGCUUUGUUUUUUUUUUCUAUUUUUGUUUCUGUGGUUUUUAACUGUCAGCACUGUAGUGUACAUAAGAUGUUUUGUAAAGAGGAAAAAAAAUCUCGAUAGUGUGGUUUCUACUUUAAAUAUGAGCCUAGUUAAUAAAGGGUUCAAUGUAUGAAAA